UUGUUUAUCAUCGUUCUCGUGUCUUCACAGCUUCACUAGUCCACCAUUCUAGUCCGCAACCGCGCAAGUGAUAGGCUAGUGAUUGUUCUUCAUUGUGUAACCAUGCUGACCCGGCAUAUCCGCACAACAAUCCCCCGGUUUAUACCGGUCCGAUUGACUAAAGCCUGUUACUCGGAACAGCACCAGCAAAGUGAUCGACGUGAUGAAUCUGAAACUACACAUUUUGGAUAUGAAACCGUAAAGGAAAGUGAGAAAUGGAAAAAGGUGCAUAAAGUGUUCGAGCAAGUGGCAUCCUCUUAUGAUCUGAUGAAUGAUGCAAUGUCCUUCGGGAUACAUCGGGUGUGGAAAGACAUCUUUAUGGAACGCCUGGCACCGAUUGGCGGUGGCAAUCGAUUGCUGGAUAUGGCCGGUGGAACCGGUGAUAUUGCUUUUCGAUACUUGAAAUACCUGAACAAUCAACCACCGGAAGACAAUCAAGCUACUAAUCACGUCACAGUGUCGGAUAUAAAUCAAAAUAUGCUGAAUGUUGGCCAAGAGCGAUACAAAAGGCUUAACAUAAAACCCACAAAUUGUACGGUUGAUUGGGUUUGUGCAAACGCAGAAGAAUUGCCAUUCGAAGAUAAUUCAUAUACAGCAUACACAAUUGCAUUCGGGAUACGCAAUGUAACACACAUUGAUAAGGUGCUUUCUGAGGCUUACAGAGUACUUAAACCAGGAGGUCGCUUCAUGUGCCUCGAGUUCAGUCAUGUCUCCAAUGACUAUUUAAGAUGGGUUUACGAUCAGUACUCGUUCCAAGUCAUCCCACCGAUGGGUCAGAUACUUACCAGUCAAUGGCAGCCAUACCAGUAUUUGGUGGAGAGUAUACGAAAAUUUCCUAAGCAAGAAGAAUUCAAAGGAAUGAUUCAAAAUGCAGGUUUCAAAUGUGUCCAAUAUGAGGAUCUCACGUUUGGUGUUUGCGCAAUACAUUCUGGAUUCAAACUCUAAAUAUAUUUUUUAAAUACAAACCUGAACUCAUCACCAUUA